CACGAUUGGCUAGAGACCCUCUAUGCUAGGCUAGCGGAGUUUUGGCUGAACGCAGCCAUUGUGCAAGGGGCUUAACUGUUUUUGACAGGGUUGAAGGCGCUAACGCUCCUAACCUAAAAGGAGCAAAUAAAAAAAACAUUAACUGUUAAUAUCUCGCUUCGCAGGGCAGAGCGACAUUUUUUCUGCCAGAUUCUUUCGUUUCACACAAAAACGCGUUGAUUAAGCCUUAAGUUCAACGAAAUCGGUGAAGAGGUCACUAUUCUUCAGAUUUACCUCGUAUUUGUUGGAAAAAUGGAUAUUCUAAAAGCGGAAAUAAUAAAGAAACGCAAAGAGCUAGAAGAAAGUCAUGUCUUGGAAAAUAACAAGAAGUACUUUAAGAGAAGUCAAUUGAUAUCAAAGCAGCAGGAAGUGCAUGAAACUGACAAGGGAAAUAAUGAAGCUGUUCCUUCAAAUGUCAGUCAACAAUCGGAAAAUCAUGUAACAGACAGCAGUUCCGAACAUUUGCUGUCCAGGCAAGAAGUAAUUAGGCGAUUACGCGAGCGGGGAGAGCCCAUAUUGUUAUUCGGCGAAUCUGAGAUAGAAGCGUUCAAGAGAUUAAGGAAAUGUGAAAUCCUUGAGCCAGAAGUAAAUAAGGGUUUCAGAAAUGAUUUUCAAGAGGCUAUGGAACAAGUGGAUCAAGCGUAUCUCAAUGAGAUUUUGACAUCUUCCAAGUCUCAAAAUCUUGAUGGAAAGGGAGAUGUAAAUGUACCUGACGAGGGCGUCACUUAUGAAGACAUAGAAAAGAUGUCGACUAAACUGAACAAGGGAGACAAAGACUUCGAUAUGAAUGUUAUCACCCUAUUUGUGCAAUAUCUAGUCCAAAUGUGGGGCAAUCAAUUAAACAGCCGGUCGACUGCUGAAAAGAUGAGCACAAAAGGAAAGAUGAAUAGCGCCACGUACGCUCAAACAAGAGAGUAUUUAAAACCACUUCUGAGAAAAUUGAAGAAUAAAUCUCUUCCAGAAGAUAUAACAGACAGUUUAACAGAAAUUGUUAAGCAUUUACUACAGCGAAACUACAUAUUGGCUAGCGACGCUUAUUUACAAAUGGCAAUAGGCAAUUCUCCAUGGCCUAUUGGUGUUACUAUGGUCGGUAUCCAUGCCCGUACUGGUAGAGAAAAGAUCUUCUCCAAGAAUGUUGCUCAUGUCAUGAACGAUGAAACUCAAAGAAAGUAUAUUCAAGCACUCAAAAGAUUGAUGACUAAAUGUCAAGAAUAUUAUCCUACUGACCCAUCACGUUGUGUAGAGUACUCAAAAAAUUAGAUAUCUACGAUAAAAUGUACAAAGUAAAGGAAAGCACGCACUAUUAUAAGUUUGCAUGUAGAAAUGGACAUCGUAUAAUCAUUAAUAGAAAUUCUCAACAGAUUAUUAUAGAAAUCUUUUACAAAAUAAAUUUAUUACCAGUU